CUUGUGUCCUCUCCUGCCUCCACAGUGAGACGUCAGAACAUGAAAGUCCGCAUCAACGCCACAGGCGACACCAUCGUGAUGAAGUUUUUGAGUCCCAACGCUGACACCAAGCUCGAGGGUUACAUCCUGGGCUACGGCAGCAGCAUGUUCUCCAAACAGUUCAUUCGGCUGCCUGAGAACGGACAGCCGUAUGAGACUGAGUUUGAUGCUGAGCCCAAGUACCUUAUCGCCAUUCAGCCCAUCCCAUCCAAUGAGGUGAAAAAGCAGUGCAAAGGUAAAGUGGAACUGCAGAAGCCUCUUCACCUGGUCAUUGGGUCAGUAACGCCCACCUCAGUGAUACUGUCUUGGGGGACCCUGCUGAAAACUCCCUAUGAAGGCAACGUCAUGAAUGACUGUCUUGAUGAUGGACACUACACGGUGCGUUAUCGUGAGAGGAGCAGGAAGUGGAACUACCAAACCUGCCCAACUAGCGAUACGGUCAUUGACAACCUGAGGCCCAAUGCAGUCUAUGAGUUUGGUGUUCAGCCCAACUCUAAGGAUGGCACUGGAGUGUGGAGCAGGCCGGUCAUCCACAACAUCAGCUCAGGGGGCGUAGACGAGAAAGCCAUCAGGAAAAUCUUUAAGCGUCCCGUCAACCCUGUGAAACCUUUAACGCCAGGUCCACACUCCUUCCCUUUUUCUCCACGCCAUGUUUUCCAUAACAGGACCCAGGGCAAGCUACCUCUUUUGCGGAACAUAGCCCCAAAGACAACUCUUGCUCCCACCACAACUACACAGGAAUCUCUGUCGACCCCGGGACCCACACUGCCUGUGGCCACCAAACAGCCAAUCGGAGGAGGAUACCUCGCUACAUCUGUGUUUCCUCCUUUAAUAGAGGUCACGUUAGCUCCCAAGUCCCGUCUUCCACUACAAAUUACAGCCACCAUUGCAUCUGUGCCAGUUCCUCAGCAAAAUGUAAAGGAACAUGGAGAGCAUCCACUGAGUCAACGACGACAAAAGCCCCCGUCCCAACCUCAUGCACAACCUCGGCCACCACCACAACCUAAUUCCCAAACUCAAAAACCUCAACUGAAGCCAUGGGUGAAUGCUCCCCCUCAACCACAACCUCAACCAAAACCCCUUCUCCAGACCCAUCCACAACCCCAA